AUGACGGGCCGAACCCCCCCUGCAGUCUUCAACUCCUCCACUGCGCCGAUCGACCAAGAUUGGGUCGACGCUGAACUGAUUCCCUUCCUUCAGCGCGUCUACCCAGAGGAGCGUAAGACCACAAUGGAGUGGAACCGCCAGGUCGUCCUCGGAAGGGCACACCUGGAUUGGCUUGAUCAAUACCAAGACUUCCCGUUCACGAUUGAACGUCUCCGCCUCUGCCUCCUCAACUCAGAGCUCUUAACACCGGCGGAAAUGUCGCAGUUCAUCCCUGUCACUGAGAGAGGCAGCCUGCACUGCCUCCGUAUCUUCAUUCGCCACGCCAUUGUACACGGAUCGUACAUGCUGUAUUCCUUAGGAGACGACCCGAGUCCGGAGUUCCCUCGAGCAGGACAUACUAGUACUAGGCCGUCCAUCACAUCUCCAGCUGAAGCUGUCCCAGCGCGCGCGACUUCUGUCGCGGUGCUUGAAGCUAGGAAUGCGACACUGGAGAGGGAACUGGCCAGCCUUCAGGCUGAGCGUGGUCGUGGAAAUGGUCGCGGAAACGGUCGUGGAAGAGGUCGGCCUUCGCAGCCUCGUGGCGACUUCGUUGGACGUUCGGACCGCGGUGGUCGUUUCAACCAAGGACCAAAUGUUCCUCCAAACAUGCAACAGACGCCAUCUCAGUUCCCUUCAAACCCACCUCCGGGAAUGUAUGGCUACCCAACUUACCAGUAUGGGUAUGGUAAUCCUUACAUGGCUGCGCCGGCUAUGGGUGGCUAUCCUAUGCAGCCCUACCAACAGCAGUAUCCUGGUGGCUGGACUGGUAGCCAGAUGAUCAGCAAGUCGGCCUUCCGGGUUAUCAAGGACAAACUGCUCAACGUGGUCGCGGAUCUUCAGGAAGUCAACAAGGCCAAGGCCAGGCGCCGUCUCAAGGUCUUCCAAGUCGUCCUCAGCAACCACCUUCAGGAUCAGGUGCAAGCACUCAUGUGCCUCGCCCAGACGCGGAAGAGUUCUAUCCAGGUUCGGAUACCCACCAAAUCAGUUCUGCAACGCCCAUGUCACUGA